AUGGGCGGAUUUGUGCUCAAGGCAGACGGCAUCGAGCCCUUUCCUUUGAACGCGAAGCAGCUUCACUGGCUAGUCAUGAACCGUCACGUCGAAUACCCGGCUAUCACAACGGCGGAGAUAUGGGACAAGUCGAAGCAGGACGGAAUUGCGAAGGUCAUCACUUCGGUUCAGAUCGCUUAUCUGAUCGUGGAGUGCAUUGGCCGUGCGACACAGGGUCUCGCCAUUACCACGCUCGAACUCAACACGCUGGCAAUCGUGACGUGUACGCUCAUGACGGCUUUCGCUUGGCUGCACAAACCAGCUGAUGUCCGAACGCCUUUCUUCGUCUCGACAUCGAAGCAUAUCCGAGACAUCAUUGGCACCAGGAGUUGGCGGAACACGCCUCUCGACUUUAUUGACGAAAAUGGCCCUGGCUGGUCGAUGAAUGUGCAGCCCUUCAUGAGAAUGCCGGUGAUACCAUCUCAGCGACCCAUACAGCGCAUCCCAAACGACAGGUUCCCGAUGAACCCUUACGGUGCCCAGGAGUACUGCGUCUGCUUCGCCACACUGCUGUUUACUGGGCUGCACAUAGCCGGUUGGAAUUUUGCUUUCCCCAGCCAGCUUGAGCGGAUUCUCUGGAGGGUGACCAGUUUGAUUUUGUUCGGCGUCACGGCUGCUUUCUGGGCCCUGGAGACGAUGGCUUCGGACGAGGUGUGGUUGAUAAGUUCCCCGGUAUAA